GUGGUGAAGGGAGAGGUUUGGUGGUUGGGUAGGAGUUGUGGUGGUCAACCAAGAAUCAUGGUGGUCAACCAAGAGUUUUGGUGGUCAAUUGAGAGUCAUGGAGGUCCACCAAGAGUUCUGGAGAUCAACCAAGAAUCAUGGUGGUCAACCAAGAAUCAUGGUGGUCAAGCGAGAGUUGUGGUGGUCAGCCAAGAGUUCUGGUGGCCAACCGAGAGUCCUGGAGAUCAACCAAGAGUCAUUGGGGUCGACCAAGAAUCAUGGUGGUCAACCAGGAGUGGUGGUCAACCAGGAAUCAUGGUGGUCAACCAGCUGUCGUGGUGGUCAACCGAGAGUCGUGGUGGUCAACCAAGAGUUCUGGAGAUCAACCAAGAGUUGUGGUGGUCAACCAAGAGUUCUGGUGGUCAACCGAGAGUCGUGGUGGUCAACCAAGAGUUCUGGAGAUCAUCCAAGAGUCAUUGGGUUUAACCAAGAAUCAUGGCGGUCAACCAAGAAUCAUGGUGGUCAACCAGGAGUUGUGGUCAACCAAGAGUUCUGGAGAUCAACCAAGAGUUGUGGAGAUCAACCGAGAAUCAUGGUGGUCAACCAGGAAUCAUGGUGGUCAACCAAGAAUCAUGGUGGUCAACCAAGAAUCAUGGUGGUCAACCAGGAGUCAUGGUGGUCAAUUGAGAGUCCUGGUGGUCAGCCAAGAGUUUUUGGAGAUCAACCAAAACUCAUGGAGAUCAACCAGGAAUCAUGGCAGUCAACCAAGAAUCAUGGUGGUCAACCAGCUGUUGUGGUGGUCAACCAAGAGUCGUGGAGAUCAACCGAGAAUCAUGGUGGUCAACCAGGAGCUGUGGUCAACCAAGAGUUCUGGUGGUCAACCAAGAGUCGUGGAGAUCAACCGAGAAUCAUGGUGGUCAACCAAGAAUGAUGGUGGUCAACCAGGAGUUAUGGUCAAUCAAGAAUCAUGGUGGUCAACCAAGAGUCCUGAAGGUCAACCAAGAGUCCUGGAGAUCAACCAAGAGUCAUGGAGAUCAACCAAGAAUCGUGGUGGUCAACCAAGAAUCGUGGUGGUCAACCAAGAGUUGUGGUGGUCGACCCAGAGUCCCGCGAAGAAGACGUUUGGAUGCUCCCAAAAGUCCUUGAGAUGACUCCAACCACCUGGAAAACCCCCAAAAACCACAGGAACGAGAUUUUGGGGCUCUCCUGGAAGCUCUGGAGAUGCCUCCAACCGUGGAGACCCCCCCCCAAAAAAGAGACUUUGGGGUUCUCCCAGCGACCCCUCCCCCCCCAAAU